AUGGUUCUUUAUACUAAGCCUGGAAAUUAUUCUGAUGGGAUUAUUACGUUAUUAGAAAUUAUGUCAAGAGUUUCUACCAAAGUUCAUACUUUAAGGCUAAAGAUGAAUAUUGGACCUGAUAUACGAGCACUUAAUGAGCUUGCAAACUUCAUCAAAUCACAACGACGACUUAGGAAGUUCGAUAUUACUGAUCUUACUUACACAAUAUCAUUUUCUGGUGUCAUAUCAGCUUUAAAGAAUCAAGAAAAUUCAUUACGAGAACUUGUAUUAAAUGGACGAUAUACAUCAGAAUUUAUGGUUUUUAAUAGUUUUGAAAAGUUAGAAGUCCUUCGGAUCAAAAAUCAUGAAGCGGAACCUCUAUUGAAACAAUUAUCAGAUGUAUGUUGUAAAAUCAGUACUCUGGAUAUAAACAUUAAGAUGGUUAAUACAGAUAAUGUAAUUCCAUUGUUAAGAAAGUCAGGCUCGCAAUUACAACGAUUGAGUAUCGUUUCAUCAGAUUGUAUAAUACCUUUACAAUCAAAAUUAUUAAGAACACUUACAGACUUUUGUCCAAAUAUUAUAUAUUUUUGCAUUUAUUAUAUCGAACUUUCUAAUCAACUUUUAAAACUAAUUGAAGGUCUAAGAAAAUUACAAUUUCUUUCUUUGGGAUGUACAGAUACUGAAAUAGAAAUUACGAAAUCACGAAUUAUAAGCCUUUCGAAAACAUUACCUUCAACAUUACGAUAUCUCCAAUGGGAUUAUGUUGAACGAAACAAAAUAUUAGAUUCAUAUACGCAUUCAUCAACUUCAUAUAUUCAAUCUAUACUCAAGUAUUGUGAAGCACCUUUAGAAAAGCUAAUUAUAUAUGAACUUGAUAAAGGAAUAAUCAAAGCGAUAAUUGAUUUUUGUAUAAGAAAAGGAACUUUGAAAUAUGGAUGUUACAUGAAUGGACCUAGAAUUUUAAAAUCUGGAUGUUAUUUGAAUAGGCCAAUAGAUUAUUGGGAAGAAUUGGAAGAAUUGGAAGAAUAUAUUGAACUGAUGACAUAUAAAUAUAUAGUUGUUCGUUGUUAA